AUAUCUUCUUUUUGCGAAGAGGUAUCAAAGUGGGUUAAGGCCUCUGUAGACUUUGAAAGUGAUUUACUGGUUCUGUCCCUCCUUUCCUGAACUAAAGGUAAUUUGGCUGGUUUUGGUCUGUUUACCACAUGAUCAUUUUUAAAAAAUUGGAGCAAAUUAAUUUCUCUGACAAUAUUCAAUUUCAAACAGAGCACUGAAGUCCCUUUUGAAGACUACAGGGGUAUUAUUUUUUGUACCAUGUAUUAUAAAAAUGACAACUGAAAAAAAUGGGGAUAUUAUAAAUGUUUGGCAAAUUGGAAUAUUGUCAAGGAAAUUCAUAAUUUUGAAUGGUUCACUUGGGGACAUAAUGUCUUCACCUCUUCCAAUGGUCCUUAUAGGAGAAGGCCACGUACUGCAAAUGAGGAAUGAGAUUUUGGAGACUGUUGGGCAAAGAGGAGUCUUGCAGAAUACUGGAAUUGAUGAACAGAUGGAGGAGACUGGGAAUCGGGAGAUGUUAAUGAAUAAUGUUCAAGAAAAGGACAUAAAUGAGGAGUAUGACGAACUGACUGAGGGUGAGGCACCAGCAGUGACUGUAAGAGAUAACGGAGAUGCCGACCAGGUAGAACGUGCUGCAGCUAAUCUUGAUGAUGGAAAACAAAGUGCAUGUGACACACAAAGUCUUGGAGGUAAAGAGGUAUCUGAGGAAAUAUGGCAUGCCCUGGGAUCUGGAGGAGGAAUCCAAUGCUGUGGUAGCAUGGAGGAGAGUGAGAGUGAGAGUGACCUUGGAGUGAAUGAGAAACAUAUGCAGGAAAAUGUCAAACAGAAGCUUGAUCAUAAUGAGAGAAGCCAGACUGAAGUUGGAGACCCGAGAUCUCAUGGAGGGAUGAGGAAGGAAAAUUAUCCAGAAUUUAGAAAUGACAUAGAUGUCCUGUGUAAUGACAGUGCCGAGGCAGAAGCUGACAAUCGAACCAUUGUGGAGGAAACUCAAAAAGUCGUGCAACAAGUGCUGGAAAAUGCGAUAGAAACUCUGCAGCAGGACACGUGUGGGUGUGAUUUACAGGAAGAGUCGAGGAAUGAGGAAAAAAAGGUCACCCAAGAGGGAGUAGGAUCAAUUCAGAUGAGAGAGGAUGACUUGACUGGGAUGCAGGAGCAGUCUGCUGAAGUUGUUCAUGUCAGAGAGAAGGAAUUAGAUGAGACAAUGAACAAAGAGAUGGGUGAGGAGCGGGUGGCCAUGAGGGACAUUGGGUUCCAUCCUACAACAAACGAGAGUGAAAUCUGCACAGGGAAUCUUAACAAUGAGUUAGGCACAGCGAGUGGAGAAACAGGGUGUGUGCUGGAUAUUGCAAUUGGUCAGAAUGAAAAGUCUAAGUCCGGUGGAGGGGACAUGGAUCUCAUGGUUAGCUCAAUACAGGACAAAGUUAAAAAUGGAGAAGGAAGGGAGCAGUUAGUGGGCACAACCUUUGUACAGCUAGAGAAAGAAGUGGAGGAAAUUGCAGAAAAAACUGAGAUUGGAAAUUAUUCACUAACGCAGACAGACCAACAGGAGGUGGAGUUAGGUGAAAAGGUCACUUGCCAUCUGAUUGGAGCAAGAAGUCCAAUAGUAGAUGAUGAAGUAAAACAGCCUUUUAGCCAUAAUGAAGAAUGGAAAGGUGAACCAACUGUGACAGGCAAGGCGGAAGGUGAUUUACAGGAAGGAGAAGUGAUGGACCUGGGAUCAGAGGAGGAACCAAUCAUUGAUGAAGUCAAGUCAAAUCCAGGUGUAGAGGAAGUUGACAGAACCAGUCAGGCAGUGCUCCAAGGAAAGGUAGAAGGUAAUUUGGAAGCCAGUUGUCUUCAGGAAAUGACACUGAUUGGAGAGGAAAAUAAAGCAGCAAUUGAGGUUGGGAAUCAGGCCUUUGGUGAUGACAAGAAUUACCAAGGGGAUGAGGUAAAGUGGCAUGAAGAAGAUGAGGAAAAUAUCCAAGACACUGGUGAAGCCAGGAGUCAGAGAAAGAAUGAGGAUAUGAUCAUCAAAAACCAGGAUGAUGAAAGGGAAAUCAAAGGUCUUAGUUCUGAUGAGGGCAAAGGUCACGAAGGGGAUAAAGAAGAGGAGAUUGAACAGGGGAAAGACAGGGAGGUGGAAAGUCCGAGGAAUUAUGAGGAUGAGAUCAAAGGCAUCAAGUGCAAUGAGAUCAGGAGUCAAGGAGAGAAAGAGGAUGAAACUGAUGACAGUGCAGGUCAAAAUGAGAUUGAAGAUUGUGAAGAGGUGGUGCCAGUUCCUGGGAUAGUUAAUAGUGAGUUCAGGGAAAAGAGAGGUGAAAGUGAAAGCUCCAGUGCUAGGGAAUCUGGUGAAGAGGAGAGUGAGGUCAAAGUUCCGAUUGAAGAAGAGGGUGAGGUCAAAGGUCUAACUGAAGAAGGACGUGAGGUCAAAGAUCCCCAGGAAAUGGAGGACAGUGAAGCCAGAGGUCCUGUUGAGGAGGAUGGGGUUAGGGUUCAAGGUCCCCAAGAAGAGAAUGGCAAGUUCAAAGACAUCAGAGAGGAAGAUAAUGCCAAAGGGCUCAGAGAGGAGGAUAGUGUGGACAAACACUCUGAAGAGGAGGAUAAAGCCAAAGGCUUCAGAAAGGAGAUGGUGAAAAGUCACCAAGAAUGUAAGGAGGUUGAGAUCACUUGUACCAAAGCAGAGGAGAAUAAUGUCCAAGCCACCAGAAAGGAUGAGUUCAAAGGUCCCCUUGAAGAGGUAGAGGACGGGGUCAAAGAUCCCAGAGAGGAGAAGACCAAACAUCCCAAUGAGGGGAUGAUGGAUGAGGUCAUAUUGCCCAAAGAAGUGGAGAAGGCCAAAGAUGCCAUAGAAGUGGUGGGGGUGGUCAGUGUCAGAGAAGACGAGGAUGAGGUCCAGUGUGAACUGAAAGGUGAGAAACUACUUUGCACAAACCUUAAGGGAACUGUGCAAGAAAUGGGGAAGGAGGUCAGCCUAGGUGAAGAGUCAAAAGGAGUAUUUCCUAAUUUGGGAACAACAAAAAAAGAGAGGGAUGAAAUGGAGGAAAAGAUGGGAUUUCAACAAACUGAGUGUGAUUUAAGUGCUGUAGUCCAAGAGAUUGACCAAGGGAACCAAACACAAAACGAAGAAGAAACUAACAAGGGCAAAUCAGAAACUAAUACUGAAGGUGUUUAUGAAGUAAUAGACAGCAAAGACGACCAAGGAACACCCAUAAAAGAAGAAGCUACAAUAACAGAAGAGGUAACAGCUAAGGAGAGUCUGUCAGUGAGUAAUGAGGAAGAGGUGAGGCAAGUGAAAGAGUACAGUAGCAAUAAAGAAUUUGAGGGAGAUACUCAGCUGUCAGAAGGGUUUGAAAGUGAUUUUGUAGAAAACAAUGAAAGAGAAAGGCACAAAUUGAAUGAAAAGUCAGAGGAAGUAGCACAAGGGAAUGUGAAACAAGAUUCUCUAAAGAAUACAAUGGUUUUGGAUAAUGUUAUAGACCAAGGUGAGACCCAAAGCUCCAGUGCAAAUGAACGCAUGGUAUGUGGUGAAGAGGAAGGA